CAGUGUCGAACUGGUCAUUACUUCUCAGGAGAGUACUACAGUUGCUUCGUCCCACACGAAGGCAUUCAGUGUCCCUGUGGAGAGCCUAUGGAAACACGAGACCACAUCAUCCGCGAAUGCCCCCGAUACAAUGGACACCGAGACGGGCUCCGCAAAGUCUCCAGGGACCUAUACUUGCCAGACAUCUUAGGGACGAAAGAGGGCAUAGAAGCCCUGGCAUCCACCGGCACCCCCAAACGGCCGCCCAUACCACCCACAUUGGAUGAAGAAGAAAUUACGCUUGAAGACUGGCAGGGAGAUCAGGACCUGGAGCGAGGGGAAGAUCCUGGAAACAACGAAGGAACUCGCUCCAUGCACCCGUGCCCCAUAGCCUAAGUUAUGGUGGCGUCGACCCCCCUGGGUACCAAGGACUCAACACAUGAAGACACGAGAAACCUAUACCGUUAAAGGUCUGAAAAUCCCUCCGUGUACCUUCAGUAGCUACUGGGGAUGGCUACGAGCAAGCGCCGCCGCGUCUCUGUACGUAGAUUACGGGUUGCGGUUUCGAAAUAUAGAGUUAAAAAAA